UCGUCAUUGGCUGGGGCAGGGAAAGGGGCGUCGUCUCACCAGGCGAGUUUGAUUCUUUGAGCAAACUUUUCAGCUGGACCAGUUUCUUCCUUUCCCUCUGCAGUAACGGGUCUGCUCGCAAGGAGUUUUAAAGACUCAUUUUCAGCUUGAAGCCAAGAUCCCAGUCGAGCCGCCACCAUGUCUAGCAAACGUGCCAAGGGAAAGACCACCAAGAAGCGGCCACAGAGGGCCACCUCCAAUGUCUUUGCCAUGUUUGACCAGUCCCAGAUCCAGGAGUUCAAAGAGGCCUUUAACAUGAUCGACCAGAACAGAGACGGUUUCAUCGACAAAGAGGAUCUGCAUGACAUGUUGGCCUCGAUGGGUAAGAAUCCAUCUGAUGAAUACCUCGAGGACAUGAUGAACGAGGCUCCAGGGUCCAUUAACUUCACCAUGUUCCUCACAAUGUUUGGAGAGAGGCUCAACGGGACAGACCCCGAGGAUGUCAUUCGCAACGCCUUCGCUUGCUUUGAUGAGGAGGGAUCUGGGGUUAUCCACGAGGAUCACUUGCGAGAGCUGCUGACCACCAUGGGCGAUCGCUUCACAGAUGAAGAGGUGGACGAGCUGUUCCGUGAGGCGCCAAUUGACAAGAAGGGCAAUUUCAACUACGCAGAAUUCACUCGCAUCCUCAAACACGGUGCGAAGGAAAAGGACGAUGAAUAGAGGAAAAAAACACUGCUUCCCGGCUCCUGCUCACAUGCAACAUCAGAUUUCCACCGAUCCCUAACUUUACCCCUGUAUAUUAUGAGACAAAUUGCUUUAUAAAUGUACUUAAAUUGUAACAAAGUAUUUUCUUGUACAUUUGAUGGUAAACAUGUCAAUCAAGGAUUGAAUCAUGUUCUUCAACACACUCCUUUCAGUUCCAACUACAUUAAGUGCACUUUGUCUGGUAUUUAUAGGGAACCUAUUAAGACCUUUGAGAUGCAUUAAGCACCCCUGUGUGUCUUUGUGCGUGCUGGGACUGUUUGGACUUUUAGCUUCAGUGCUACCAGCAAUGUUUACCCCUGCCUGCAUGUUUGCUUUCACAUUUGCUCAAGCACUGCCUCUUUCUGGCCCCUUUCUGUUGUAUUUGUAUCCUUGUAUGUUUGAAAAAACAGAAACAACUCUUACUGUGUUUGUUUUUGACGAUCAAGAGGUGAGAAUCUCCUCCUGGUAAAAUGGUUGAAGUGGAGAGGCUGAUGCUUGGCUUCAUCAGCUGGUUGUAUUGGUUGAGGGAUCACAUGUGUCUGCUGUAGAAGGAAUUCAGUCAUGAACCUGCUCAGGCUAAUAAAGUACACUACAGCUCCUGUAGUAAGUGGACCAUG